GUAACGGGACAUUUGAUUGAUCGAUAACGAUAACUUUAUUCUGACAGAGAGGCUGCUUAUGAAGCCGCACAGCAGUUUGCAAAAACGUAUGGAGUGGCCAGGGGAUUUUCCUGAAGACCAUGCCUUUGUGGAGCUGCCGGUUCCAGGGGUUUCCAGUGAGCUGGACUUUGAGCAUCUCCUAAAAGACACGGAGGAGAAACUCAACCUCAAUGCCAACAGCAUUGAACGGCAGCUAAAAGAGCUCCAGGCCAAAAUGGGCGACUCUCGGGAGCGUCCGCUGAGCCCGUCGGAGUGGCUGCAGUGGUUCAACAUCAAAGCCAACAACAGUUUCCGACCAGUUACCACGGGACACCAAGAGCUCAUGGACUUCUUCAGAGCUCUGAAACAGUACCUGAGCUCUGAAGAGGCGGGAAAAGAGGAGGUGACACUUCAACUGCUGCUACAUUUGUCGGCCCAGUGUGGAAUCUGCUUUCCCUGUUGCCCUUCGUCUUCGUCUUCCCCCUCAGCUCUGACCGCCUCCUCCAUCCACUUGGUUCAUCAAGUCAGAGACGAAGCUUCGUUAGAGAUCCAGGAGGCCUGGGAUGAUGUGCGUCUCCAGCUACGUCGCCACCUGCUGGACCGGCUGUCUUCCCGAUGCCCGGAUCAUCCUGGAACCAGACAUCCUUCUGUCCCUGAGCAGGUCCGCUGUCUGCAACAGCUGUUCUUUCUCUACCCUCAGUCGGAGGCCCUGACAUAUUACCAGUGUCUGAGAAGCCAAUCCGUGCCGGUUCUUCUGCUGUCUGCACUGAGCUCAAGCCCAGGCGGUGAGUCCGGCUUCGACGGACUGGCUCGAGGCUUCCGCCACGCGGUCCCGGCUCUGACCCGAGCCCUUACGGAGGAGCUCCGUGUUCUUUCAAGACUAGCAGAACCACAGACCGUCUUGGGUUUCCUUAAUAUGGCCUACCUCGACACUGUGGCCCGGGAACUGGCCUCCCUGAUGGAGAGAGAAUGUGAGGCGGCCCUGAGGGACAACACCACGCUCAGCGGCAAGAUCAAGAAAUAUUCCGCCCGAUCACGGGCAACCGUCGCGCCUAUGGAGCUCCCAAUGAAAAACAGAAGCUUCCGCUUAACUCUGCACCAGCUGAGGGCGCUGACCCAGCUCGCGUGCACCCUGCUGGGCUUCGAGAGGACGGUGAAGGAGCUGGUCACUAAUAUGACCGUCGUGGAUUGUACAGGAGAGACUCCCUCUGUAAAAGGCAUCUUGAAAAAUAACCGAGAGGAUUCAGAUGUGACAACAGAUGGCAAGAAAUCCACGGCAGAAACACUUCUCCAAAUGCCACAGGUGCAGGUUUUGGAGUUUGACUGGAGGUCAUCGUUUCGGGGACUGGUCCCUCACAUGGUGCAUUGUGUUAAAGUGGCGCUGGAGGAUGUUUGUACCAGGAGUCUCCAGCAGGAAGAAGCCUUGCAUUCUUCAGGACAUACCUCCAUCACCCUGAGCCCAACGACAGGACGCACCGCAGCCGGCAACUCGCAUCUCAGAGAAGACUCCUUCUACACCUGCUCAGAGAGAGAGACGCCCAAGAUGAUAGCAAAGUUCUGUGGAGCGAUCCUGACUGAGCUGGACACCUUACUUCCCUUGGCGGCGGCCUGCCGGGAAAGCUCUCUCCUGGAAGUGCGGUCGAGCUUCGUGGAGGCGUGCGGCAGGGCGGUGUUUGCCAUGCUGGCUCGUCUGCAGGAGAGGGCCCUUGAGGUACCGUCCUCUGCACCUCUGAGGAACAUGCCUGCUCUGCUGGCCACUUGCAUGUACGUGCACCAACGCCUGGAGCACUACCACGCCAGGCUGAACGACUCAAAUACGACUGCAGCUAAAGUACCCCUGACCCUGCUGCCUGUUCAGAAGUGCCAGGAUACAGUGGAGGCAUUCAGAGACCAGCUGACCUCCUACUGUAUCCAGGUUUGUUCCACCUGCAUUCUUCAAGACGCAGAGAGCCACCACUGGGCCGACCCCAAACCUUUCUACGAGGGCGAGCGCUGUUCUUUCUCGGUGCAGAUGUGGUUCUACUUCCUGUGCGGUCUCCGUAGCGACCUGUGGGCGGUGCUUCCGGCGGAGACGGCCAAGGAGGUGCUCGGCCAGGUGCUGUCGGAGACUUUACAGCUGCUGGUGCAAAGAUACGCCAGGGCCCGCCCUUCAUACAAGAGACACAUGCAAGUCAGGUGUGACAUCACAGCAUCGUUGCUAUACGUGGAGCAGCUGAUGUGGAGCGUGUGUAAAAGUCCAGAGGCCUUGGUGCGCUCCAAUCCCUCUACGGCGAUUGCCAUAAUAGCGGGCGGAUCAGACUGGGUGUACCAAAUCCACAGCCUGUGUGACCAACUCCUGACAGUCCUUGUCAUUGGCACUGCACCUCUAUCUUUGCUGCAUAGGAUAUUUAUGAAUAAUCCUGAGAAAGAAUCCACGCCACGUCCGCCCGACAGCCAUGUUGUCCACUGGCUGAACGCUAUCAACCCCGACCUCUUCUCAGAGCGGGCCAUACGAGACGGCCUCGUGGGCCAGGCAGCGUCUGCAUGUCAGCUGAGGUUGCUGACCUCUGACCCAGGAUGCAAUCCCAGGUUGCUGCUGCGAAUGCUGCUUUACAACGACUGUCACCUGCCCAGAAUCCUCCUGGAAAACUCUCAUGUUUGCCAAGAGAGCUGCUUAGAGAUGUCUGCGGAGAGCUGCAAGGCGGGCGAUGACUUCAAAGUCGCGUUGUUCAACCUCUUCAGUCGCCUGAAUAAUGUUCCCAAGGCCUUGACUCAGAUCCUUCAGCCGUACCUGGAAAGGUCGCACAUAUGGGAACAUCUCUACACACUGGCAGACACGACACCGGCUGUACCUGUCGUGAUCCGCUGUGUGCGGACGACAGUCACCGAGUCAACCAACAGCCUCUUGGUACACCUGGUCUCCAUGGUGACGGGCUGGCAGACCACAGAGGAGCCCAGCGGAGCCUCGUUCAAGCAGAAUGUACCGGAGAGCGUCACAGCUAAAAUACCCAAGGAGUGGAACUACACGCCACUGGAAGCACGGGGAAAGGAGACCAGUAAGACUGUCAUAUCCGGAAUCAUUCAGGCCCUGUCCUUCAUUUUCACCAACCUGCCCUCGGCCGUCGCGUCCGUGCCUCUCCCCGUCCGCUGCCUCUUCCAAGUGGCAGAGAAGCACCUCUCCCAGCAUGCCCGGCAGCUGCGCUUAAUGGGCCUGUUACUCUGGGCCCUGUUAGGCUGUCUGAUCCGGGGCCUGGAGGACUCGGACACACUGGAACAGAUCAGUGGUCUGGCUCUGGACCGCGGCGUAAAGGAACCCCUGUACCUCCUGGCUGAGUGCUUACAGGCGACCAUGGGCAUUCAACAGAAGGGCGUUCCCAAACCUGCGGUGCAAAAAGUGCUUCAGGCUCUGGAGGAAAAGAGACCCAAGUGGACAAACAUGCAGCUGCAGAAGGCCCGGAAGCUCUGCUCAGAGAGUGAUGGACAGGAAAGGAUACAGCGCAGGUGCUGACACGGAUGCACGGCCACCGCCGCCGCCGCCGCCGUCGGGCCGCCGGGCAGAAGAACGAGGCGGCGCAAGCGGACGAGAGGGGACUCCUCUUGCUUCGCCACUCUCAAUGUCAAGCGGCCAAUGGCUGGCCGACAGGCGACACCGUUUCUGCCACCUUAUAAUUACAAAGGAGAAGAGAGAGGGAGAGAGAGAGAGAACAAUGACAGGGAGUGUAUGUGAUGGGGAAGGUUUGAUGGACGGUGGUGUGAUAUCCAUCCGUACAGGAAGGGCAGGAAAACGAUGCGGCCGCCGGCGAGGGUUGGGGACCGCACCAUGCACGAGGACCUUGACACACAAUUACACUCACGCGUACGCGCCGGAGAACACACACACACACACACACACACACACACACACACCAAUCGCUUUUAGUGCGCCAACAUCCUUCAGUAAAAAUUCCCCUAUGUAUCUCAUGAAUGGAAAUGAAAACCCUGAAAAUUAUUUAGUUCUCUAACCCUCGAUAAUUUGACCGUGUGAGCCUUGACCAGACUUUCAGAAUGGUUUAGCGGAGCGAAAGAUUCUUGGAACUCAAGUGCAACUUAACCCUCCUGUUACCUUUAGGGUCAAUUUGACCCCAUUCAAUGUUUAAUGUCGGUGUUCUUUGGGGUCAAUUUGACCCCAGGCUGUUUUUCACUGUGUCAAACAUAUAAGAAAUAUCAACUUUUUUAUAUAUUUAACCCUCCUGUUGCCUUCGGGUCAAUUUGACCCGAUUCAAUAUUUAACCCUCCUGCCGCCUUCGGGUCAAUUUGAUCCGAUUCAAUGUUUAAUGUCGGUGUUCUUUCGGUGGUCAACAAACAAACAUAAAGUACCUCACACUUAAACUUGGAAAACAAUAUUAAUUCUAAUAAUUUUCUGGAGAUUUUAAUAGCUGGGGUCAUAUUGACCCCAAGGGUAAAUUAUGUCAGUAAAUAUAAAGGUAACAGGAGGGUUAAACAUUGAAUCGGGUCAUAUUGACCCGAAGGUAACAGGAGGGUGAAACAUUGAAUCGGGUCAAAUUGACCCGAAGGCAACAGGAGGGUUAAAGGGCUAUUUCGGUAGUCAACAAACAAACAUAAAGUACCUCACACUUAAACUUGGGAAACAAUAUUAAUUCUAAUAAUUUUCUGGAGGUUUUAAUUGCUGGGGUCAAAUUGACCCCGAGGGUAAAAUAUGUUAGUAAAUGUGAAGGUAACAGGAGGGUUAAUUUGCCCUCUGGAGUGAAUUAUUUCUCUAAAAAAAUAAACAAUUAAUUGUGAAUUUGUGUUUUAGUUCCAAAUUAUCCCCCUAUUCCUUCUCUAAAGUCGAGCGUACGUCCCCAGCCAGAGGUGGUAUCCAGAUCCAAGCUGACGCCCUCCAUCUUCCCGUUCCCUCUUCUCUCUCUUUGCCCCACUCUCCCGUUCCCUCCCUCUCCCUCCUCCGUGUCUCUCUCAGCGUGUUCGAGCGAGGAAAGGAAAGCGGAGUCGCUGCGGCUGAACUGACUGAGCAGAAAAUAGGCCUGAUGCUGCUGGAGGUCU